ACAGAAUGAUUAUCAUGUGAGAUAGAUGGCAUGUGAACAAACUGGUAUCUGAUUGAUAUUUUAGGAGAGGAGCUUUCAUCUCCAGACAGAGCUGGUCUGACAGAGAAAGACAGAGAUAGACAGUGACAGUGAUACAGAUAUAGAGACACGGAAAGACGGAGAGAGACGACAGAGAGUGAUCCAGCGAGACGACAGAGAGAGUGAUCCAGAGAGACGACAGACAAAGUGAUCCAGAGUGACAGAAUAAGUCACCAGCUGUGAUAUCUAACUGAAGUGUGAAGCCAUGAAAAAAACAGUGUUCCUGAUCAUUCUGUUAUCAGGGCUGUGUCCUACAGUAACAAAAGCCACAACCAUGGUACAAACUAUGGAACCGGUUACUACCCAACCCCAAACCAUGGAACCUGUUGCUACCCAACCCCAAACAACGGAACCUGUUGCUACCCAACCCCAAACAACGGAACCUGUUGCUACCCAACCCCAAACAACGGAACCUGUUACUACCCAACCCCAAACAACGGAACCUGUUGCUACCCAACCCCAAACAACGGAACCUGUUACUACCCAACCCCAAACAACAACACUCCCUACUACAGGUGUGACUGUUUCCAAAGCAAGUGUGGUCUGCAACGAGACCAGCAUGACGGUGGCUGUGGAGAAGGCCUCCAUCGUGGGUCUCUAUGAGGACCACCUGCGUCUUAAUGACCCGUCCUGCAGCCUGAGCUCCAAUAGCAGCCACGUCUUCAGGACCCUGGCCCUCAACACCUGUGGCACCCAGCUGGAGGAGGAAGAGGACAACCUAAUCUUCAGAAACGAGAUCACCUCCUUUGAGGACUCCAGUGCCGUGAUCACCAAGGGGGAGGAGAUGGAGAUCGAAUUCUGGUGCGUCUACCCCAAGAAGGGCAACGUGAGCCUGGAAUUCCUGGCCCACAAGAUUCCGUACAUUUUCAGAGAGAAGGGCUUCGGGAAGUUCACCUACCAGUUUGAGUUCUACCACAGUAGUAGUUUCAACAGGAUGGUGGAUCCAUCCAGUUACCCAGUGGAGGUGGAACUGAAAGAGAUGGUCUACAUGGAGAUCACGUCCACGUCCUCGGUCCCCAACACUGAAAUGUUUGUGGAGUCAUGCAUGGCCACGCCAACAGACAACCCCAACGACCCAGAGCACUACAGCAUCAUCCAAAACGGCUGCAAGAAGGACGAAACUGUUCAGAUCUACUCUAGUUCCCAAUCCCAGUUCCAUUUUGCAAUGGAAGCUUUCAAAUUCAUUGGUAUGCAUGACCAGGUUUUCAUCAGCUGUGCAGUGGUCCUGUGUGAGACGGGGAACACCAACACCCGCUGUGCUCAGGGCUGCAUCAAUGGCACUACGGCCACAACUCCCCAGCAUCGCCAAGAGAGAGAGGCCACCCUGGAGACCAACCCCCACUACAUCUCCCAGGGGCCUUUGCGUGUGAGGAGGAGAGCCGAUACCAAAGCUGCUGAUGUGACUUUGAACCUGAAUUUGUUGUUCAUCGCUGGCAGCUUCCUGGCAGCAGUCGCCAUGGUGUGUGGAGUGGUCAUGUACAGAUCCAGGGAGUCAAAGGAUAAAUAUCAACCUUGACACACUUUUACAUGUUUUCUUUUUAACAAUCAUUACAUUUACUGCACUUAAAGGACCUAUAUGUAAUAUUUUUGCAUUGUAAUUUCAGAAAAAGUCCUUAAAGGUCCAAUGCAGAAGUUUUAUAUCAAUAUCAUUUCUGGGUAACAAUUGAGUACCUUACUGUGAUUGUUUAAAAAAAAAAGAAGCUUUUUCUCAAGCAAGAAUUUUGCUAGGACUGUGUGGGAGUUGUUUGAAUAGGGAGGAGAAAACUGAGAAUGAACUGUUAUUGGCAGAGAGGUUUGGAACUCUAUUUCUAAUUGGUCUAUUAAUUAAUUUACCACAAGGUGAUGUUACCAUGGAAGGCUAAAACAAGCGGAAGUUUCAGGUGGACUUGAUCAUAAUUUUCACAAUUUCACAGUAUUAUUCAAACCUCAUAGUGUGAAAAUAUAUAUAAAACACAGGGAAAUCAAGUUUUUGACUGCACAGGGCCUUUAAUAUAUCUCCAGCAAUAGUGGAAUAAUAAUGUUUCACACAAAAAAAUUCCCCAAAAUGUUAUUGGGCCCAAAGAAAAUUGCAUUCAAGUGGUGCCUUUUUAUAGCCUUUUUAUUGCUCAACAAAAGACGGACCGUCUGUUGUCAAAUUGACAAGGGCCAGCAAAUCUCUUGUUGUCAAAUUGACAGGGGCCAGCAAAUCUCUUGUUGUCAAAUUGACAGGGGCCAGCAAAUCUCUUGUUGUUAAAUUGACAGGGGCCAGCAAAUCUCUUGUUGUCAAAUUGACAGGGGCCAGCAAAUCUCUUGUUGUCAAAUUGACUGAGGCCAGUAAAGGGCAAGCAUCAAACAUGUAGAAAUUGCUUAGCACCAGUCAAUUUGACAGCAAGAGAUUUGCUGGCCCCAGUCAAUAGGACAACAAUAGAUUUGAUUGUUGACCAAUAAGAUGACUGUACCAUUAGAAUACAAUUUUGUGUGGGCCCAAUAAAAAUGUUGGGCCCAGACAUAUCUGUAGAUACUGUAUAUUAAGGAAAUGUUCUGAAAUUACAAUGUAAAAAAUAUUACAUAUCGCUCCUUUCAAAGCUAUCUGAGGUGGUUUGGAAUCUAACUAUAUCUGUAAUUUCUUGUAAUAUUUAGUGAAUUGGGAAAAAUGAAGGAUUAACAUUUUUUGGAGGAACACUUUGUAUCACAGGAGGUUGAUGGCACAUUAGUUGGGGAGGGUGGGCUAGAGUAAUGGCUCAUAGUAAUGGCUGGAACGGAAUCAGUGGAAUGGUAAUCGAACACAUCAAACAUAUGAUUUCCAUGUGUUUGAUACCAUUCCAUUCACUCCAUUCCAACCAUUAUUAUGAGCCGUCCUCCCCUCAGCAGCCUCCUGUGCUUUGUAUUAAUGACUAAAUACUCUCUGUUGCUCUUUUAAUUGUCUCAUUGAUAAGAAUGAUGGUAAAAUCGAAUGACAAAUGGGAGAUUAUUAAAUGUUUGGUACAGUA